AUGCAAGAAUUCAAAAUCGCAGACCAAACUUAUACAUCAAGGCUACUUAUUGGAACAGCAGGUUACCCGAGUUUCCAUAUAAUGACGGAGGCUAUCGCCGCGAGUGGUGCCGAAAUCGCGACGGUGUCGAUGCGUCGUGUGAAAUUUACGGACACCUCCGGUGAAAACCUGUUCGCGCUCCUACGUGAACGUGGUAUGACGAUCCUCCCGAAUACCGCUGGCUGUUUCACAGCGAAGGACGCGAUCCUAACUGCGAACCUUGCGCGCGAAGCACUUGAGACAUCGCUUAUCAAACUCGAAGUUAUUGGGGAUGAACAGACGCUAUUCCCGGAUGUGGAGCAGCUGCUCAGUGCAGCGGAAACAUUGGUCAAAGACGGUUUCACUGUGCUUCCAUAUUGUAAUGAUGAUCCGAUUACUUGUAAGAAAUUGGAAAACAUCGGUUGUGCAGCGGUGAUGCCACUGGGUGCACCGAUUGGCUCAGGGAUGGGGAUCCGUAAUCCGUAUAACAUCCAGAUUAUCCGAGAUCUCGUACAAGUGCCGCUCAUUGUGGAUGCCGGUGUCGGGACAGCAUCGGAUGCAGCGAUAGCGAUGGAGUUAGGCUGUGACGGUGUUCUGCUCAACACGGCAGUCGCGAAAGCACAUCGUCCCGUACUGAUGGCGGAGGCGAUGAAAAAAGCGGUUGAAGCAGGUAGAGCAGCAUUUUUAGCAGGACGUAUCCCUCGGAAACUCUACGCGACUGCCUCAAGCCCACAAACGGGAAUGAUUGAAUAA